UGUAGUACCCUCUGGAACACUCUUGUGUGAUCGUCACAUAAUUGCCUGAGAAGCAACAAGAAGUCUCCAUUCGCCAAUGCUAUUCUGAAAUUCCAUGAAGCUUUACCUUCUCAUAUGCCUUUUCCUUUAAAUCCUAGAACCUCUUGGAGACUUCUCAAAGCAUCCAACGCCAACCCCUUCUUUAUUUAAGUUGUCUCAGUUCAUCGCACCAUUAUCCGCAUCAUAAUCAACAGCAAACCGCUCCUUUCAACCUCCAAGGUCUUCCGUUUGAAUUAAGAAGUCUAUAAUUUCAACACCUCAAAUGGCUUUAGCUCGUUUAGCUCUGAAACAAUUGCAGCAAAGGGUUGGCUCUGCUUCUGCUUUGGCUUCUUCUUCUCCCUUAGUGGAAACGAGGCCAAUUGGUUCUGCACAGCAGCUGCUACCGAGAAGCUUUUCGACUGAGAAGGGGAAAUCUGAUAAAAGCUCUGAGGUUACUGUGUCUGAAGGUAAGAAGUCGAGGUUGUUUCCUAGGAGACAACGAAGAAGAUGGCCAUGGAGGAACGAUGACAGAGACUUCCCCCCUGCCCUUACUGAGUUCUUCCCUUCAGGGCUAGGGAAUGCACUGAUGCAAGCGACAGAGAACAUCAACAGGUUAUUCGAUAACAUGAACAUAACACCAUGGUCAGUGAGUGGUCGUGUGAGGGAGAAGGACGAUCACUACAAGCUGAGGUACGAGAUGCCAGGGAUUCCCAAAGAGGAUGUGAAGAUCACCAUUGAUGACGGGGUUCUGACCAUAAGGGGAGAGCACAGGGAACAGAAUCAAGAGGAGGAAGAUGAUGAGUACUGGUCUUCAAGUAGCUAUGGCUACUACAACACAAGCCUGGUCCUUCCUGAUGAUGCCAAGGCUGACGAAGUUAAGGCUGAGUUGAAGGAUGGUGUGCUCACUGUUACUAUCCCCAGAACUGAGAAGACUAGCAAGGAUGUGAAGCAAAUUUCUGUUCAGUGAUAGUUGAUUCUGGUCUGGACUCUUGUUAUUGUGAAAGUCUAGUUGCUAAAUCUUUAUUCAAUGUAUGAAUAACCAGUGUGUGGUGUUGGCUCAAAAGAAUAACCUGUGUAUUUCUGGUAUAACAUGAACCAAAGUUUGAACUUUUAUAUUUUUCCCUUUUAAUUUACAUGAAUUCUGGCAAGGGUUUUCAUAUUCA